AUGCAUGGCGUUCGCAUGAGAGGUCAUCGAUUUAAAAGCACUCCCUCUCGAAGACCUUAUUGCCUAUCGUUUGAAAAGAAUCAAGUAAAUCUUUUUGAUAGCUCAAAUUUAUCUGUGCAUGAUGAGAAGAUGGUUGGUAUUGUUGCUGAGAAUGUCGAAUCUGAAUCGGUUGUCUCUAAGUCUCAUAUGUCUGAAAUGGAUUCGAAUGAAAGAGAUGAUGUUCCACUAGUUAGCUUGUUAAAGAAGGAUCUAUUUUCUAAAGUUGGGUCUACAAUUGUUGAUGCUCUUGGUUCUUCAGUUUACUCUGAUGUUAGGUCUUCUAUUCAGACUAGUUCACUAGCUGAUAUCCAACUGUCUGUUCCUGAUCCUAACCCUGUGGGUCAGUCUACUGUUAAUGUUGAUGAGAACGUUGCUAAUAAUGACGGUGAAAACCUAGAUGAAGAUGUUGGUAAGCAUGUUGAACCAACUGAUAAUGGUGCACCUGGUGAUGUUGAACCUAAUGUGAAUGCUCCUCAAACUAAAUCUGAACAACCUAGUGCUGACCCAAAAUCAAAAGGGAAGAAAUUACAACAAAAUCGUCAUAACAUUACUACGAAAAUUGGGAGGAAGAAGAUUCCACCGAAUAUUCCAUUUGCCCCCAUUGAUGGAAUCUCAUUUCAUCUCGAAGAAAGUUUGUUCUAUCCUCAGCUGACAAAAGAAUUUAUAGUCAAUUUGCCUUCAAAAUUCAACAAUCCUAGCAGUCCUGAUUACCAGACAGUGGACAUUAGAGGCUUGAACUUCAAGAUUUCUCCUGCUAUAAUCAAUGGAUUCUUGGGAAACACUGUGGAGUUUGGCUCUACUCCUUCACAUCCAUACAAUGAUGUUUUGACUUUUGUACUAUCUGGAGGAACUCUGUCUAUAUGGCCUGUGAAUGGGAUUCCAACUGUCUCACUAGGUAUCAAAUAUGUCAUUCUUCAUAAGGUUGGCAUUACUAAUUGUCUUCUGGUUCAUCUGAAUGCUGUUAUCUUGACCUCAAAUGAUGCUCCUGGUCCUAACCCAAAAUCAUUGUCAUUAAGUUAUAGGCCUUUUCAAGGAAGUCAUGUUCCUGACAUAGAACAUGAUAUGAGACCCUCUAGGAACCCCCGUAUGUUUGACAUUGAUGAUGUAGAUGAGAAUGUUGAAGGGUUCCUUGUUCAUCGUGAUUUAGCCUCCAAGAUAAUUAAUACGCUUAUAGCUGAGUCUUGA